AGAUCAAGACGAAUCUUUAGGCUUGUGAUAAAGAAAUCUUCCUGCUGCAAUCCAACGCAUUCUUACUUUCUUAGUCUCUGGCCGUCUGAGUUUGACACAAACAGAAGGAGGAAGGGAAGGAAUGGCAACAGCAAGCCGAGAGGAGAUGGGAGUGACCAAGGAACAAGUUGAAUCUUCACUGACUUCCAAAUUAAACCCUUCUCAUCUCGAAGUAAUUGAUACAUCUGGAGGGUGUGGAGCAAGUUUUGCAAUCGAGAUUGUCUCUGAACAAUUUGAAGGCAAGAGGCUGCUGGAGAGGCAUCGCAUGGUGAAUGGCGCGCUUCAAGAGGAGAUGAAGCAAAUCCAUGCUCUCUCAAUUAAGAAAGCUCUUACACCUGAGCAGUGGAAACAACAGCAAGAGACUGAAAAAUCGAAAUCUGAUGCCUAGCAAAAGGUGCUUGAGUAAUCUAGACACUUAAAACUCAGUUAUGUAACAAUUUGGAAUGGAAUUUGAGCUUUGAAUAUGAGAAGAAAUACAAUUAUCUUUGGAAUUUACUUCGGUUAUUUUUGGCAAGCUCUGAUAUUUUUGUCUUGCGCAUGUUAUGUUAUACUUU